AUGACGUUUUUAUUUGAAAGCAUACUUGAGGAAUCUAAUUUGGUUUCAAAUCUUCUGUUUACACUGAUUCGAUCUAUCUGUUUCAUUCUUUUCCUAUCUAUCUAUCUAUCUAUCUAUCUAUCUACACACACACACAUAUAUAUACAUAUAUGUGUGUUAGUUUUUUCAUAUCUAUCUAUCUAUCUAUCUAUCUAUCUAUCUACACACACACACACACAUAUAUACAUAUGUCUUCUUCUUUCUCUUCCUCUUCUUCUUCUUCAAUUCUUUUUCUUCUUUUUCAUCUUCAUGUCUUCUUUCACUUCGUCUUCAAGUCUCUUUCUUCUUCUCCUUCUUCUUCUUCUUCUUCAAGUCUUCUUCUUUCUCUUCUUCUUCUUAAAGUCUCUUUCUUCUUCUUCUUCUUCUUCUUCUUCAUGUCUUCUUCUUCAUGUCUUCUUCUUCAUGUCUUCUUCAAUCUUCUUCUUCUUCUUCUUCAAUUCUUUUUCUUCUUUUUCAUCUUCAUGUCUUCUUUCAUUUCGUCUUCAAGUCUCUUUCUUCUUCUUCUUCUUCUUCUUCUUCUUCUUCUUCUUCAAGUCUUCUUCUUUCUCUUCUUCUUCUUAA